UAGAGACCCAUUAUUCUCAACGGACACGAACGUCCCAUUACAAGGUUGUGCUAUAAUCGAGAUGGCGAUCUGAUCUUUACAGCAGCUAAGAACUCAGUAGCAAAUGUUUGGUUUAGUGCCAACGGUGAACGUCUAGGCAGUUUUCAUGGUCACGACGGUGUUAUCUGGUGGCUUGAUGUUGACUGGUCGACGAAAAAUUUGCUCACAGCUUCUGGUGACUAUCACUGUAAACUCUGGGACAUUGAGACAGGUAUUCACGCGUUUGUAUUAGAUUUUCACAAUGUGGACAAUAGGCAAACAAAUUGAGGACUUUGAGAAUGAUGCACCUGCCCGCACAUGUGGAAUAUCAUUCUGUGGGAAUCUGCUAAUGUUCACGACGGACGAAACGUUUGUCGAGGGCAAGAAUAAGAAGUCGGAAAUCAUAAUUGUUGACAAACGGGACCCAUCCAGUCUCUCCGGCGCUUCCCCAGUCCUUCGAGUCUUUUCCGCCGACAAAACAAAAGUCACUGGGGCAAUUUGGGGUCCAUUAAAUAAAACCAUCAUCUGUGGUCAUGAUUCAGGUGCCCUCACUGUUCUGGACGUGCGAUCCGGCCAAGUGCUGCAUCACAUCGCGUCACAUAAGGGCCCGGUGACCGAUAUCCAAAUGCAUCUACACCUCCCAAUGUUCAUCACUGGGUCAAAGGAUCAUACUGCUAAAUUAUACAGUGCUUAUGACCUCAGUUCCAUUCGAACGUACACGACAGAACGGCCAAUUAAUUCCGCAGCCAUAUCACCUACACGGGAUCACGUACUCCUAGGUGGUGGUCAGGAAGCUCACGAAGUUACCACAACCGCGGUCGGUCAGGGAAAGUUUGAUGCCAGAUUCUACCACUUGAUCUAUCAGGAGGAAUUCGGUCGUGUCAAGGGGCAUUUCGGUCCAAUCAACAGCGUCUCCUUCACUCCCGACGGGACUGGGUUUGCCACUGGCGGUGAGGAGGGUUACGUCCGUCUGCACACAUUCGAUCCGGAAUAUGCUGAUCUGGAUUGAAAACACUGAUCGCUUGGUCUGCGGACUUGCCGAAUCUUUCGUCUACUUUUGUCCACUCAUUCCAUUGAUGGUUUUCGACUCCGGUACAACCGAUUUGAACGGGAUGCUUCGUUCUAUUUUCAACUGGUUGGGUUUCACAUCCUUCACUGCUCUAUUUUUUUUACUAUGGGUUGAACAACUCUCUGAAGGAAGCCACCCGUUCGGAGAGGUUCAUAAGAGCGUAAGCUCUGUGAUCACGUCAAAAAAAG